CUUGGAAGCUGUGCGUAAGAUCUACACGAGAUCAGAAAAAACGUAAAAUCUAGUAUGGAAGCACCUCCUGCUGCGAACAGCAACAAAAAGAUCCUUGUGACAGAGAUCUAAAUCUGAAAAUGCGGUCAUGAUACCUCGAGCAAAUCAGAUCUAAAAUCUAAAUUGCAAGAACGAUCAAGAGUUGACUUGAUUCCAUACCUGAGUUUACAACGAACGAUGUGUCUUUAAUACGUCUUCUCUUCUCUGUUAUCAUCCAUGUGGCGCCAUAAUUUCCACAUCGACUCAACAAGCGUUGUAUUUCGGCUAAUCUCACCAACUUUCUUAUCAACAAAAAACAGGGACAACAAUUGGAGAAGGUAUCUCAAUCCCCCUUUUCUAAAAAGGAGGUACCUCACCACUCACGACAAAAUGGGCAAGUUUUUGAAGCCAGGACGUAUCGUUAUCAUCCUUAACGGCCGUAUGGCCGGUAAGAAGGCGGUCUGCGUCAAAACCUUCGACGAAGGCUCCAAGUCCCGCGCUUUCGGCCACUGCUUGGUCGCCGGCGUCCAGAAGGCACCUCUGAAGGUCACUACCGCCAUGGGAAAGAAGAAGCAGAGCAAGCGGUAUUGAUUAUAUUUUCUAAAUCUGAAUGCAGCGUCUAAAACUUUGUGAUAGUAGUUCAAUCCUGCAAUCUAAAUAAAGACUUGUUCUUGAAGGUUCCUUGGGAUUUGGAGCCGCCGAUUCUUGCAUCCUCCGAAAAAAGUAUGAAAAUUUCCUAAAAACGAAUAUUUUCCUACACUAAACUACAUCACUUAACCUAAUCGUCCGUCUAAACAAAAAAUACAGCCUUCGCGUGAAGCCGUUCGUCAAGUACGUGAACUACACUCACGUCAUGCCGACGCGUUACUCUAUCCCGUCCGAUAUGGAGCCGAAGACUCUCGUUUCCGACUCCCAGAUGGACACCCCGGAUGGCCGAAAGGAGGCUAAGAAGGUACAGUUCUAUAGAUGCGUCUAAAUGCUGUGAUCAUCAUGCUUCAAUUCUGUGCUUCUCGUAGGAUCCUAAGAAAUCAUUUGCACUGCAGAACGAAAACAAUGUUUUGAAAUCCACAUGCUGUUUUUUUUCAUCAAAGAACAUAUGCACAAGCGAUAAUAUCUCGGUAAUCUUCCUCAGGACCCUCGUUUUGAACCAAUCGAAACACUCUCAACAGUCUCUCUGCGGUUUGUUCAAGGAGAAAUUCUUGAACCCGACCAGCGUUGUGGACAAGUCCGCUUCCGCCAAGUCCGCAUUGCUCUUCUUGAAGAAGAAGCUUCGCUUCUAAGUGGUGUUGCAGAAAAAUGCUUCUUGCGGGGUACUUUGGAUGCUACGGAAAAAUGCUUCUUGUGUAUUCGGGCCGCAGUAAGAAAUGCGACGUGGGAACGUUUCAGAGGAAGACGAAACGCUUUGAUGCCGCAAACGCCUGGAUGCAAGAUCUAAAGUCGAGUGGGGGAUGAGAUUUGGACGAUUUAUUAGCGGGAACAAAUUGGAAUAUUGCGGUGAUGCUGUGCCCUUUCGGAGACACGGGCUGGAACAUGAACCUUUGAAACGAGGAUCGGAUACACAUUCAGAACAAUAGGUCAAUUUUCUCCAGUUACUAAACUCCUUCAAAAAAAGCGCUUUGAGCUCCUGGUGGGUGGGCUCCGACGAAAAUGGUUUUUCAGGUCUCGAGUGUUCAUUUGCCGGACGCACUCAGCGUUUGCUGGUGCUGCCCAUUUGUUUCUAAAAGUGUUGAAAUC